UUUGAAAGCUGUAAUCCCUAUAAGCGCUCGCCGGUUGCGCUGGGCUUUUGUUCGUUAGGACUUACAAAUUGGAGGCGACAACCCUGACUAUAUCUGUUACUGUCUUCCCCUCUUUCGGGUCGUCUCCCUCUGCGAUCUCCUCUGAAGAACGAAGCAGAUAAAAAUGUGGCGCUGCGUCUCUCGUGGCCUUCGAUUUUCUUCUUCGUCUUCGAAGAAAUCGUUCUCCGGCGAUCCUCUUAGUUCACUCACUUCAAGAUUUCUUUCCACUGGAUCCACUGGGGGAAGAGAUUCUUAUACGAUCGUAGAUCACACAUAUGAUGCUGUUGUUGUGGGAGCUGGUGGAGCAGGGCUGAGAGCGGCCAUUGGGCUCUCCGAGCAUGGGUUCAAUACUGCUUGCAUUACCAAACUUUUCCCUACUAGGUCGCAUACCGUUGCAGCACAGGGUGGUAUAAAUGCUGCACUAGGGAACAUGACUGAAGAUGAUUGGAGGUGGCACAUGUAUGAUACAGUCAAAGGAAGUGAUUGGUUAGGUUGAAGUGGAGUGUUACUG